UACUUUUGCUUAUUAUUGUCCAAUUAAAUUGUAAUUGUGAUUAAUAUUAUUGUUGUUUUUUGUCCUUUAGAUGAUCAUCAAUGUCAACAGAAGGUGAUCAACCAUUGGGUGAACAUAUAAUAUCAAUUUUUGAACCAGUUUUGGUUAAUUUAGAGGAUCAGGUUUGUCGUGUUGAAAAUAGUCAAUUGGCAUUGAAAGGUCAACUUGAUGCUCUUCUGGACGCGUUAAGAAUUUUAAAGGAGAACAGUGAAAAAGAUCAAUUUCUCAAUAUUUUAGAGGAAAAGUCUCGAAAAUUGAUUGCCCUAAAAAGGAAAUUAACAUUGGUACACACCUUAUUGCAGAAUAGUAACGAGCGUUGUCGUAAAUUACUCGCAUCUCAUCCGAUUGUUGAACAGUCUUAAAGGUAUAAACAACAAAGAUAUAAAAAACAAUAUGGGAGGACAUGAUGGUCAUGGCUCAGGUCCCAACUUUCCUCAUGGAGUUAAGAUGCCUGAUCCAAAACAAUGGGAUAAAAUUGAUGAAAAUUUCCCUGAAUUGAUUAAAUAUCGUGAUAGAUUAGCAAGGAAAGGUCUUAAAGAUCCAUGGAUUAGAGAUUAUGCUUGGGCCUAUGAUGUAAGAAAAGUGAAACCUUGGGAUGGAUAUAAAGCCUUUUUCAGUGGUUUCAAAAUUGGACGCAUGUUUCGCGCUAUUGUUAUUAAGAAAACCUUUUAUGAUAAACCGAUUGACAGAACUGAUCGUUAUCCAUUACUCCGAGAAAGGCAAGAUCGCGAGUUCUCCUAAAAGUAGUAGUAAAUUUAUCAAUCAAAAGUUAAUUUAGUUUCUGUCAUAAUCAGAAAAACAAAUGGAUCCUUGUAAAAUUUACUAAAUCUUAAUAAUCUAAAUAAUUAAAGUUGAAUCAAGAAAAACACUCUAAA